CAAUGUGACUGGUGCCCUUCAUUUAGGCCAUGUUCUUACUGCUGCUAUUCAGGUUAAAUUUUCCAUCGUUGUUUAAGUUCCCAAGUGAUCUGUGCUGUUCAGUGCUGGCUUCCAAAGUGUGCUUAAAACAAUAUUUUAUUUAUUUAUUUUACCCAAGUGGUUUCGCUGUGUGCAGGACACUAUGAUUCGUCAUCGGAGAAUGUCAGGUUUUAAUACCUUGUGGCCUCCUGGACUUGACCAUGCUGGUAUAGCAACACAGGUUGUUGUGGAAAAGAAGCUAAUGCGUGAAAGCGGUAAAACCAGACAUGAUAUCGGUCGCGAGGAAUUUAUCUCUAAAGUUUGGGAUUGGAAAAUUAAGUAUGGGGGCACCAUUUUACAGCAGCUACGUCGUUUGAGUGCUUCUUUAGAUUGGUCCCAUGAGUGCUUUACAAUGGAUGAGAAAAGUUCAAAGGCUGUUGCAGAAGCUUUUGUUAGGCUACAUAAUCAAGGACUCAUCUACAGGGAUAAUCGCAUAGUGAACUGGGAUUGUGUGUUGCGGACUGCAAUAUCUGAUAUUGAGGUGGAUCCUCCAAUUGAAAUAAAAGAAAGGACACUAUUAGAAGUUCCUGGAUAUGAGAACCCUGUUGAAUUUGGUGUUUUGACUUUAUUUGCAUAUCCUGUGGAAGAAGAUUUAGGUGAGAUAGUUGUAGCCACUACCCGAAUAGAGACGAUGCUUGGUGAUACUGCUAUUGCAGUGCAUCCUAAUGACGAAAGAUAUAAGCAUCUUCAUGGAAAACAUGCAAUCCAUCCAUUUAAUGGAAGAAGGAUUCCUAUAAUAAGUGAUGAAAUUCUUGUUGAUCCAGAGUUUGGGACUGGUGCUGUCAAGAUUACCCCGGCCCAUGAUCCUAAUGACUUUAUGGUUGGGAAGCGCCAUAAUCUUGAGUUUAUCAACAUCUUUACUGAUGAUGGAAAAAUAAACCAGUAUGGGGGAGCAUUUGAAGGGAUGCCACGCUUCAGAGCCCGAGAGGCUGUGACUGAUGCAUUAAAGAAGAAGGGCCUCUUCAAAGAAACAAAGACCAAUGAGAUGUGUCUUAGAAUUUGCUCUAGAAGUAAAGAUGUUGUGGAGCCUAUGAUAAAGCCCCAGUGGUACAUUAAAUGCAGUGAUAUGGGAAAUGAAGCUCUCAAUGCUGUCGCUGAUGAUGAAAAUAGGAAGCUGGAGAUUAUCCCAAGACAGUAUACUGCUGAGUGGAAGAGAUGGCUUCAUAACAUUACUGAUUGGUGUGUCUCGAGGCAACUUUGGUGGGGUCACCGUGUUCCAGCAUGGUAUGUUGUUUUUGAGGGUGAUGACAACGAAGAAUUUGGAAAAGUUUUUGAGCGAUGGUUGGUUGCUAGAAGUGAGGAAGAAGCUCAAGCAUUGGCCGAUCAAAAAUAUGAGGGAAAGAAGUUUCGAUUAGAACAGGACUCAGAUGUGCUUGACACGUGGUUUUCGUCUGGGCUUUUCCCAUUGUUUGCAUUGGGCUGGCCGGAUGAUACAGAUGAUUUCAAAACUUUUUAUCCAAAUUCAGUUGUUGAAACUGGGCACGACAUUCUCUUUUUCUGGGUUUCUCGUAUGGUGAUGCUUGGAAUUACAUUGGGUGGUAAUGUUCCCUUUACAAAGGUAUACUUACACCCAAUGGUUAGAGAUGCACACGGGCGUAAAAUGUCAAAGGGCUUGGGGAAUGUCAUUGACCCUGUUGACAUAAUAAAUGGUAUCACCCUAGAACGUCUACAUGAUAGACUUUUAGAAGGAAAUCUGGACCCCAAGGAAUUAGAUAAGGCCAGAGAGGGACUAUUAAAGGACUUCCCUGAUGGUAUUCCUGAGUGUGGUGCGGAUGCUCUGCGGUUUUCUCUUAUCUCGUACACUGCUCAGUCCGAUAAGAUAAAUCUGGAUGUCCAAAGGGUUGUGGGUUACUGUCAGUGGUGUAACAAACUUUGGAAUGCAGUGCGAUUUGGUUUGAGUAUACUUGGGGAUGAUUAUGUUCCGCCCUCAAAUGUAAAUCCAGAUGUGUUGCCAUUCAGUUGCCAAUGGAUUCUCUCAGUGCUAAAUGAAGCCAUAUCCAAAACUGUUAUGUCAUUGGAAUCAUACGAGUUCUCAGAUGCAGCAACUGCUGUUUAUGCUUGGUGGCAGUACCAGCUGUGUGAUGUCUUCAUUGAGACUAUCAAACCUUACUUUUCUGGCAAUGAUCCAAAGUUUGCAACAGAGAGGGGUUUUGCACGGGACACUCUGUGGGUAUGUCUUGACAAUGGCCUGAGGUUACUUCAUCCUUUCAUGCCAUAUGUGACAGAAGAACUGUGGCAACGUCUGCCGUCGCCAGGGCAUUACAAAAGGGCAUCAUCAAUUAUGAUGAGCGAGUACCCAUUGAUCAUAGAGAGCUGGAAAAAUGAAAGGGUGGAGCUUGAUAUGUCUCUUAUUGAGUUGGUUGUGAAGUCUCUCCGAUCUCUUGCCCAGGGAAGUCGUGAAAGGAGACAAGGUUAUGUGCUUUGUAGAGCAAGUUUGGGAAAGUGCGACCAGGAGGCAAUAUGCAAUCAUCAACUGGAAAUUAAAACGCUUGCUAAUGUGUCGUCUUUGACGGUAAUCGAUGAGAACAAUGCUGCUCCAACUAGAUGUGCGGUGUCUGUUGUGAAUGAAAAGCUUUCUGUUUAUCUCAAGCUUCAUGCAUCUGUUCUUCAGAAACAGAUCUUGAAAAGAUCCGGAAAAGGAUUGAAUACAUUACAUGGGAACAUGAGAGGCUAUCGAAGAAAUUGAAUUUGCUUGCUGCUAAUGAAGAUAAGGUCCCCGAGAAGGUUACAAGAGAUACUGCUGACAAGCUGGAAUCCCUUGAGAAGGAAAAGUUGUCUCUUGAAGAGUCGAUUCAACUUAUGGAAACACAGGAGAUGAACUUUUAAGUAUUAAUUCUAGUUCAGUGACUUUUGUAAACCAACUCACCUUUCCCCCCGAAGAAAAAAGGAACGUGUUCGGGAUAUGGUAUAAAAUUGGGAACUCCUUGAAGGAUCAAAUUAAGUUUGCUUUGCAUGCUGUAUGUGUUAGUGUGUGGUGAUAUAUGAGAAG